AUGGCGGUGCCUCUGCCUGCUGCGCCUCUGAGCGCCAACCCGCAUGUGCAACUGCCCAUGGAGGCAGUGGGGUGCCAGCCAAGCUUGGUGGAGUUGGGCAAGACCCGGAGCGCCCCGUUGCCGAGCAUGGAGGACCCGGAAGAUUCAGCCAAACUUCAACCGCUGGUUCGAACACGCACGAUUUCGGCUGUGUCCACGGACAGCUGUGUGUCGGCGCUUUCCUCGUCGACGGUCUUCUGGUCACCAUCUUCGCAUUUCACGCCGAAAUCCUCCGUCUACCCGCCUGGCAUGGGACUUACGCCACUGGCUGGCAGCCAGUCGCACAGGACCUUGACGCCUUCCGCUUCUCCGAUCGUGCGCACGAUCUCCAUGGGCUCGGAGGCGAGCCUCGUGCGCACGACGUCCAUUUCACGUCCCUACCCGCCGGGCUUGGGCUACACGCCCAUCAGCACACCCAAAGAUUCGCUUUCUCGGGCGAACUCCUUCGGCUUAACCGCUGAAGUGGAGCCGUGCAGACCCAGGAGGAAGUCCACAGACCUCGCGGCCGUCCUCGAGGCCCACGCCGAGGAUCACAGCUUCUCCCGGGAGCUGCUGCUGCUCUUCCGCGGCGGGGCUUCGGACGCCUCAGACGCGGCGGAAGCCGGCUUUCUGCUGCCGGCCCCGGGUUUCUUCAGA